GCACUAAGGCAAACAUUUAUAGGAGCAGCCUGAGAAGAAAGAGUCCAAGUGGCAAGGGCAGCAGCAGCAAAGGACAGGGGUGUCUGGAAUUUCGGAAAGCAGCAGGGACCACAGGAGAAGGAGACUGAAGGAUCCAUGGCUCCCUAUCACAUCCGGAAAUAUCAAGACCAAGACAGGGAGAAGGUGAUAGACAUAUUCACUAAGGGAAUACUGCAUCAUGUUCCUGCUUCCUUCUUCCAUCUGCUGAAGCAGCCAAGAGGCUUCCUGCUCCUGUUGGGGGGCCCAGGGGCCCUGUUCCUUGGGUCUGCUUCUUACGUCCUGUCUCUCCUGGCCUUCGUGGGCCUCCUGACUAUCCUUUGGUGGAUUGCUAGAUAUCCCUACUCCUAUUAUGUGGACUAUACUUUGCACACUGACAUGAGGGACAUCAGGAAAACCUAUCUCAGUGACAAAGGAUCCUGUUUCUGGGUGGCAGAGUCGGAGGGUCAGAUAGUGGGCAUGGUGUGUGCCCGCCCGGUACAAGAGGCUUUAGGACCAAAAAAGCUGGAGUUGCUGCAUUUGUCAGUGGGAGAGGAGCACCGGGGCCAGGGUAUUGCCAAAUCCCUGACCCAAACUGUCCUCCAGUUUGCACAAGAACAGAGAUACGAUAAUGUAGUCCUGGAUGCACUUAAUAUAAAUUACCCGGCUCAAAGAGUGUAUGAACAUCUGGGCUUCUGGAAAACACAUGAAGCCUAUGAUUCCCUGAAAUGGAAGAUAAUAGCUGUUCCUUUUUUCUACUAUGAAUAUACAGUCCCUUCUUCAUUCUAAAAGCUCCUUGAACCAUCUUGGUUUUUGCCCUUUAUAGGUUCAUUGAUUGGUCCACAAUAGUACUCUGUCUACAAUGAGCACCCAUUAAAGGCUGUUAACUGCCA